CUCUUUCUCUUUCUUUCCUUGAUUUUAAUUAAUUCUCUGUUCCUACUAGGUUCUUCCUUUUUCUGACUCUAAUUUUACUGUUCAAUUUCAAUGCGCAUCCUUUCAAGUUUUGCGUAUGGGAUGUGUUUGGAGAAGUAGGGAAUCAGGGGAAGGGGGGAAAAUACUUUUUUCAAGUGCUGCUUGGAAACUCUAGAUUUUUCUUUUUUUGGGUAAAAUGGUUUCAAAAUAUUGUUGUCCUGCCUGAAUUACAUCUGAGGAAGAUAUUGAGUUUUUCUAGACAUGGGUUCAUUUUUCAGUGUGGCGAAUUCAAAAUCUGACCAAAUUGAAGGGAAUGGGGUCUCUCCAAAUGAGACAUGUAAGAGGCAAAGAAUGUCACCUGCUGUUGAUGAAGAGAGUCCAAGACUAAUUCCUCAUCUCCCUGAUGAGUUAUCACUUCAGAUUAUUGCUAGACUUCCUAGAAUUUGUUACUUCAGUGUAAGGCUGGUAUCAAAGAAAUGGAAGUCAACUAUCAUGAGUUCGGAACUAUAUAAAGUAAGAAAAGAACUUGGAACAACUGAAGAGUGGCUGUAUCUGUUGAUUAAGGUUGGAGAAAAUAAUCUUCUGUGGCAUGCUUUAGAUCCUCGUUCUAAGAUAUGGCAGAGAGUGCCUAAUAUGCCCAAUUUGGUUAACGAAGAAGAAUCUAGAAAACGUUCUUCUAGGCUUUGGAUGUGGAACGUGGUGGAGGGUAUCAGAAUUGCUGAAGUUAUUAGAGGCUUUCUUGGACAGAAGAAUGCAUUUGAUGAAAUGCCCUUUUGCGGUUGUGCAAUUGGAGCUGUUGAUGGAUGUCUCUAUGUUCUUGGUGGAUUCUCUAAGGCUUCAACUAUGAGAAGUGUCUGGCGAUUUGAUCCGAUACAAAAUAUGUGGAGCAAGGUGACUUCUAUGUCCACAGGUCGUGCAUACUGUAAGACAGGCAUCUUAAAUAACAAGCUUUAUGUUGUUGGAGGGGUUAGUCAAGGUCAAGCUGGACUGGUUCCACUCCAAUCUGCUGAAGUUUUUGACCCUUCUACAGAUACAUGGUCGAAUGUACCUAGUAUGCCAUUCUCUAGAGCUCAAGUCCUGCCUAGUGCUUUUUUGGCUGACAUGUUAAAGCCUAUUGCCACAGGACUGACCUCAUACAUGGGAAGGUUGUGUGUUCCACAAAGUCUCUAUUCAUGGCCUUUUUUUGUUGAUGUUGGGGGAGAAAUCUAUGAUCCUGAAACUAACUCAUGGAUAGAAAUGCCAGUUGGAAUGGGUGAGGGAUGGCCUGCAAAGCAGGCAGGUACCAAAUUGAGUGUUGUGGUGGAUGGUGAAUUAUAUGCUUUUGAUCCUUCUAACUCUAUGGAUAGUGGGAGGAUCAAGGUAUAUGAUCAAGGUGAAGAUGCAUGGAAAGUAGUUAUAGGAAAAGUGCCCAUAUAUGAUUAUGCUGAAUCAGAGUCCCCAUAUCUACUAGCUGGUUUCCAUGGAAAGCUUCAUGUCAUUACCAAAGAUGCCAAUCAUCAUAUUGCUGUUCUGCAGGCUUGCCUGCGCAAUAAUUUGGAGUCUUCACCUUCAGUGUCAACUCUGUCACAAAGUACAUUGCAUGAAUCUCCAGAACUUGCUGCUGAAUCAGAUGCAGCAAUUGUUUGGAGGGUAGUUGCCAACAGGGAUUUUGGGCAGGCUGAACUAGUCAGUUGCCAAGUUAUUGAUAUCUAGAUGGAAAAUCAAGCAAUGAAUGUGAUAAGAUGUGAAUGUAUCAGUUUGUUGGAAGUUACACGUGUUAGCCUCGUGUCAUGGGAAUGGGAUUGGGUCCAUUUGUCUUUUCAGUGAGUCAGGUGUCAGCAAAAUAGCGACUGCUGUAAUAUUUUGCCUGUAGCAAUUAAUCUUUUCAUACGAGGGAAAUAACUCCCCAUAGGAAUUGUCAAUUUCGGUACUAUGAUAUGCUAGAAUAAUAUCAGAGAAAUUCAUUAGUGUCA